AUGUCAAGUGAUAAGGAUAUAAUAGAUCAAGUAUUUGACACAGGUUAUUCAGUGUUGAAUAAGGGUGCAAACAUUGCGAAUGUUGUAAAAUCAGAAGUACUAAACAAAUUAGAUUGGAAGCAUGCUACUAAAGAUUAUUCGCCAGUUCUAGUUAAUGUUUCUGAUUUGGAUGAUAAGACUAUACCUUUCUUGAAUAAUUUCAAUUUUGACACUAUUAGAACUUCAAUCAGUAGCACCAGUAUCCCUAAGCUUGCUCUUUAUUUGGGUAUUUCAACCACUUCAAUAGUUUUAUUUUGGAAAACUGCAAAGCUAUUAACUGUUCCUGAUUACUUACCACAAUUAGAAAGAGAAUGUGUUCUAGUUUUUGGUGACGUUAGAGAUCCUAUUGUGAGAGGUCAAGUGAUGGAUUUGUAUAGAAGAAGAUAUAUUGUAUUCGUGUGCUCUAAACAUGCAAAACAGUACAAAGAAAAAGAAGAAGAGGAUGACUUUAUGCAUCACAUUGACCCUACAUCAUCUAAUGACUUGUCAUAUUUUAUUGAUUUCAUCAAUAGGCCACAAGGAGAACCAAUAAAAUUAGUGUCCAUUUUGUUUAUGCCCAACCUAUCUUACUAUCCAGAUGGAUUUCAACCAACUUCCAAAUUAGAGAAAGAAUUCAAUUGCAAUGUAUUAAUACACUAUAAUGCUUUGAUGAAAAUAGUACCAUAUUUUGAGAAUAAAUCUAAGCAAUGCAUCCUUUUCAACCCAUCAUUGUCAUAUAACCUUAAUCUAUCGACCAACCCAACAGAGCUUUUGAUUUCAAGUUUGAUGAAUGGCGUUAAAAAAAACCUAGAAAAUGUGAGUAAUUUGACGGUUUAUACAGUAAAUAUUGGGAUUCUGAAGAUUGGGGGUCAGGCUUCCAACUAUAAAUAUCUUAAGACGCAAGGUUCAAAUAUAAAUGAUGCGAUGCUUUUGCCAAUAUACAAAUUAAUAACCCAUCAUAAUGGAAAUUUUGUUCAACGAACAUAUAAUUGGGUCAAGACAUUCGGAUAUUAUAACACUACUUUUUAUUGUGGAAGGUAUAGUUGGUUAAGUAGUGUAAGUUCAUUGCCAAAUUUUUUAUUUAACAAGACAUGA